AAAGCAGAAGGAAAAAAAAAAAGAAAAGAAAAGCGAGCUGGGGUCGCAAGGCACACUUUGUAACAGUCUUCGAAGGGACCUUGCCAAUGCACACGUGCUUCAUCCCCCCAAAAGAAUUUGCCAAAGCCGAGAGCUACUGAUCAACAUACACCCAGUAGUGUAACUCUUGAAGUUUAGACAAAGAGCAAGAACUGAACAAGACAUUGGAUGUUGACAGAAGAAAUCCCAUUCAGUGCCUUAACCAAGAACAGAGUGUUCUGAAAGUCAACACAUUCUGGAGGGAACCUCUAAGCAGAAGGUGCAGUACUGUUUACCCUGAAGAAGCUUGAGUGUGUGCUGGAAAGUGCUGACAGCUCAAAUGGAUCGCAUGGAACUGCAAAAAGUCAACAUCGAACUUGAUGAUGAAAGCAAUAGUGGAGAAAGCAUUGGAGACAGCUACACUGAAACAGGAGAUUCAGAAAAGGCUACUAUUAGCAGUCAAUUUGCUAAUGAUUAUGCAGAAAGUCAGAAGUUCCUUACAAAUGGAUAUCUGGAAAAAAAGAAAUUGGAAGACUAUAAAGAAGAAUAUCAUCCAGGAACUGCGUCCUUUGGAAUGUCCGCGUUUAACUUGAGCAAUGCCAUCAUGGGCAGUGGCAUCUUAGGGCUGUCAUAUGCCAUGGCCAACACUGGAAUUAUACUGUUUGUAGUUCUGCUGCUCAGUGUAGCGAUAUUAUCACUCUACUCAGUUCAUCUUUUAUUGAAGACAGCGAAAGAAGGAGGCUCAAUAAUAUACGAAAAACUAGGAGAAAAGGCAUUUGGAUGGCCUGGGAAAAUUUGUACUUUUAUUUCUAUUACAAUGCAGAAUAUUGGAGCAAUGUCAAGCUACCUCUUUAUUAUUAAAUAUGAACUUCCUGAAGUAAUCAGAACAUUUCUACGGCUAGAAGAGAAUUCUGGAGAAUGGUACCUAAAUGGUAACUACCUCGUUAUAUUUGUGACAGUCGGAGUAAUUCUUCCACUUUCUCUUCUAAAAAGCUUAGGUUAUCUUGGCUAUACAAGUGGAUUUUCACUGUCCUGCAUGGUUUUCUUCCUAAGUGUGGUCAUCUACAAGAAAUCCCAAAUACCUUGUCCUAUCCCUUCCCUGGAAAAUGCUGUUGGAAACUGGACCUACAACAAUAACACAGUUCCAAUGCACUUGGUAAUGUUACCAAAUAAGUCUGCUUAUUCUGGAGUUAAUUUCAUGAUGGACAACACACAUGGACAUACUACAGGUCUUGAAGAGGCAGGAGACCUUCUACCCAAAAGUGGAGUGGAGUAUGAAGCCCACAGUGAAAGUGAUGACAUGUGCAAACCACAAUAUUUUGUGUUUAACUCACGGACUGCCUAUGCAAUACCCAUCUUGGCAUUUGCAUUUGUGUGCCACCCUGAAGUGUUACCAAUAUACAGUGAACUUAAAGACCGAUCACGAAAGAAGAUGCAGAAUGUUUCAAACAUGUCCAUCACUGGAAUGCUAAUCAUGUAUCUGCUUGCUGCUCUGUUUGGUUACCUUACCUUCUACGGAGAAGUUGAAGAUGAAUUACUUCAUACCUAUACCAGAGUGUAUACUUUUGACACCCUUCUUCUGAUGGUUCGUGUAGCAGUGCUAGUAGCUGUAAUGUUGACUGUGCCCAUAGUCCUUUUUCCUAUCCGUUCAUCAAUCUCUACGUUGUUAUUUCCCAAAAGGCCAUUCAGCUGGAUAAGGCAUUUCCUGAUUGCGGCUAUAAUUCUCGCUUUUAACAACCUACUUGUCAUUUUUGUGCCAACUAUUAAAGACAUCUUUGGAUUCAUCGGUGCAUCUGCUGCCACAAUGUUGAUUUUCAUUCUUCCUGCUGCUUUCUAUUUACGACUUGUCAAAAAAGAACCUAUGAGGUCACCACAAAAGAUUGGGGCCCUGAUUUUCCUCAUAGUUGGAGUAAUUUUUAUGAUUGGAAGUAUGACUCUAAUCAUCAUGGACUGGAUUUACAACUCUCCAAGUUCCAAACAUCAUUAACCUGUAGAGACGUCAGAGUACUUUUUAGCCUGGAAAUAUUUGCAUAUUGUGCUCCAAAAGUCACUUUCUGACACCUAAUAGGAAUGCUAUUUCUAGCUAACAACUGUAAUAUUCCAAAGACUGUUACUAGGAAUGUCACUAGAACACAGUGGAAUACUAAAUCGUCCUUUUUACAAGGGGGAGUUAUUUAUGCAUUAAAAACCUGUGCUUAACAUGUCUAGCCAGGUUACAGUAAGGUGUGUUGUGGAUACUUUGUUUUCAAAAGCAAAAUAAGAGUAACUGUGUAUAUAGUUCUCAGACAUAGUGUUGUUUUUUUUUGUAUUAUUAUUAUACAAUAACCACAGUGGCUAGAAUACUGGGAACCAAAGUCCUGGCCAGAAUAAAUUAGCUAGUGCCUUGUUACAACUGAACAACACAGAUAUGGCUUACAUUUGACCCUGCUUUGAGAGCAAGGUCACAAUGUUCUCUGAAAAAAAAGAUGACCAGCCAUUAAACAAAGCUGAGUAUUCAGCGUAUUGUUACCAGAUUGUCACCAUUCAUACAGCUAUUAAAACCUCAUUCAUAAAGCAAGAGAACAGGCCAGCUUUGGCCUACAUCUCAGAGUUGGAUCCAUGUGAGAAGACACCUGUGCUGAUAGGCCAGGGCUCAAUCUAUGUUGAUCACUUACACGACAGGGGGCCUGUAUUUAAAUAGCAGAACUGCAUAAUUAUCAGUUUGUUAUUAAAUAUGCCUGUGCUGGAAGUAGCAGGUUUGUGGUGUGGGGGCUUUGUUAAUUCUUGUACAGGUGUGAGAGCUGAUGUCACUGAACAAGUAUCCUCCAUGUAAACUUGUCUUCCAUUAUCACUCAUAGGGAUUUAUGGAGACCACAAAGCAUAUGAGAGCACACUACCCAGUAUUGUUUGAUACAUAUGUAUUUGAUAAAUGUUCAGUGCAGGAAACUGUGAUUUACUAUAUAUAUAUAGUAAAGAUUAUAUAUAUAUAUAAUCUUUUUCUCUAGUUACCAGAAUUUUAAUGUAUGGCACAUUAUUUUCGAUUUUUUUAUAUGUGUAGAUCUCUGUUUUCAUAGCGAUAAGCUUUAUACUAUUUUGAAGAAAAUAUAUUGGGUAGAUGGAUUUGUAAAAAGUUCAUUUUUUAUGUACCAGUGCUUGAAAUAUAUCUUUGAAAGCCCAAGCCAUUACCUGUGUAACAAGACACUCAGAUGUUUACUACCAUGUAAUGUUAUAAAAAACUGCAAGGAAACAGGUCUUUACAUGCUUUUCUCCACAAAAUUGUUAAUGUAGACUACUUCUGUAUUUUCAUUUUAUAUUACUAAUAUAAGUAGUUUCUAAUAUGAAUAUAUUUUAACUUGCACAUGUACAACUCCAACUGAAUCAACAUACAAUUAACCUAUAUAAUUCAAUACAAAAAGAAAAUAACAGCAAGUUUGUUGUUCUAGUGCACUAAUGCUCAAUUACCCCUCACUAUCCUAGAAACUAUUGGCCUCUAGGACUUCAGAAUUAGUUUGCUUUAGUUUACAUCCUGUACAUAUACCCCACAUCCUCACCAGAAAGGGGUACCCUAAUUUUACAACAAAAUGUCUGCAUCCUUUUCAUUGAUUUCAAAGGGACUGAAAAGUCAGGAUAUAAUUUAGUUGAGGAAUUAAAUUUGAAAAUCUAGUGAUAACUCAGCUGCUAUGAAUAAUAGCUGUGGUAUGUUUGACUAGCUAGUAAGUUUACUGUAAAACUGAUUGUGAAUCUGUAUGAUUUUUAAGAGUAAAUUAUUACAAAGAAGUGGUCCAAACUGAGCUACAUCUUUCAGUGUGAUGCUUCCCAUCCGUGUAUGUACUGUAAAUAUAGUAUCCUAGGCACAUUCCACAUGUGUGCUGAGUAUUAAGAAAAAUGAUAUUUUGUUUAGGAUCAUCAGUGAGCCUAACAAAAAGAAAUGAGCUGCACUCAUACAGAACAUGUCAAUCAACUUAAUCAAAGGCCUGAUUCUGUAAUCCUUAUACACACAUAUACCUGCCCCUCCCUUCCAUUGUUACUAUUCAAAUGUGGAAGAACUGCAGACUUGAUUCCAACUGUGUUCUUGGAAGGCAGAUUAAUCUAGGAACUGAAGUAUCUGAAUGGAAUUCAAUCUAACCCACCUGAAA